CCCCGGGAGCGGCGCGCGCGGCCCCGGCCCAGCCGCCGUCCCGGCCUCGCGCUGCACAUUCUCUCCUGGCGGCGGCGCCACCUGCGGCAGCGUUCGCCCGAACAUGGCGACACGGAGCAGCAGGAGGGAGUCCCGACUCCCCUUCCUAUUCACCCUGGUCGCGCUGCUGCCGCCCGGGGCUCUGUGCGAGGUGUGGACGCAGACGCUGCACGGCGGCCGCGCGCCCUUGCCCCAGGACCGGGGCUUCCGCGUGGUGCAGGGCGAGCCGCGCGAGCUGCGGCUGUGGGCGCGCGGGGGGCCCCGGGGGGCGGACGAGAAGCCGCUCCGGAGGAGACGGAGCGCUGCCCUGCAGCCGGAGCCCAUCAAGGUGUACGGACAGGUUAGCCUGAAUGACUCCCACAAUCAGAUGGUGGUGCACUGGGCCGGAGAGAAAAGCAACGUGAUCGUGGCCUUAGCCCGGGACAGCCUGGCGCUGGCGAGGCCCAGGAGCAGUGAUGUGUAUGUGUCUUAUGACUAUGGAAAAUCAUUCAAGAAAAUUUCCGAGAAAUUGAACUUCGGCGUGGGAAACAGCAGCGAAGCCGUGAUUGCGCAGUUCUACCACAGCCCCGCGGACAACAAGCGUUACAUCUUUGCAGAUGCUUAUGCCCAGUACCUCUGGAUCACGUUUGACUUCUGCAACACCCUCCAAGGCUUUUCCAUCCCAUUCCGGGCGGCCGACCUCCUGCUGCAUAGCAAGGCCUCCAACCUUCUCCUGGGCUUUGACAGGUCUCACCCCAACAAGCAGCUAUGGAAGUCGGAUGAUUUUGGCCAGACCUGGAUCCUGAUUCAGGAACACGUGAAAUCCUUUUCUUGGGGUGUUGAUCCCUAUGACAAACCGAACACCAUCUACGUCGAGCGGCACGAGCCCUCUGGCUACUCCACAGUGUUCCGAAGUACAGACUUCUUCCAGUCCCGGGAGAACCAGGAAGUGAUCCUGGAGGAAGUGAGAGACUUUCAGCUCCGGGACAAGUACAUGUUUGCUACCAAGGUGGUGCAUCUCCUGGGCAGUCCGCAGCCGUCUUCUGUCCAGCUCUGGGUCUCCUUUGGCCGGAAGCCCAUGCGAGCGGCCCAGUUUGUCACAAGACAUCCUAUUAAUGAAUAUUACAUCGCAGAUGCCUCCGAGGACCAGGUAUUUGUGUGCGUCAGUCAUAGUAACAGCCGCACCAACUUGUACAUCUCGGAGGCAGAAGGGCUGAAAUUCUCCCUGUCCUUGGAGAACGUGCUGUAUUACAGCCCAGGAGGGGCGGGCAGUGACACGCUGGUGAGGUAUUUUGCAAACGAGCCAUUUGCUGACUUCCACCGAGUGGAAGGGUUACAAGGAGUCUACAUUGCUACUCUGAUUAACGGUUCUAUGAAUGAGGAGAACAUGAGAUCAGUCAUCACCUUUGACAAAGGUGGCACCUGGGAAUUUCUUCAGGCUCCAGCCUUCACAGGAUAUGGAGAAAAAAUCAAUUGUGAGCUCGCCCAGGGCUGUUCCCUCCACCUGGCCCAGCGGCUCAGCCAGCUGCUCAACCUUCAGCUCCGGAGGAUGCCCAUCCUGUCCAAGGAGUCCGCUCCCGGGCUCAUCAUUGCCACUGGGUCAGUGGGAAAGAACUUGGCAAGCAAGACGAACGUGUACAUCUCCAGCAGUGCAGGAGCCCGAUGGCGAGAGGCACUUCCUGGACCUCACUACUAUACUUGGGGAGAUCAUGGCGGCAUCAUCAUGGCCAUCGCCCAGGGCAUGGAAACCAAUGAGCUGAAAUACAGUACCAACGAAGGGGAGACCUGGAAAACGUUCAUCUUCUCCGAGAGCCCAGUGUUUGUGUACGGGCUCCUCACGGAACCCGGCGAGAAGAGCACUGUCUUCACCAUCUUUGGCUCCAACAAGGAGAAUGUCCACAGCUGGCUGAUCCUGCAGGUCAAUGCCACAGGUGCCUUGGGGGUUCCCUGCACGGAGAAUGACUACAAGCUGUGGUCACCGUCUGAUGAGCGGGGCAACGAGUGUUUGCUGGGACACAAGACUGUGUUCAAACGGAGGACUCCCCACGCGACGUGCUUUAACGGAGAGGACUUUGACCGGCCCGUGGUCGUGUCCAACUGCUCCUGCACCCGAGAGGACUAUGAAUGUGACUUUGGCUUCAAGAUGAGUGAAGAUCUGGCAUUAGAGGUCUGUGUUCCGGAUCCUGAUUUUCCUGGGAAGUCAUACUCCCCUCCUGUGCCUUGUCCUGUGGGUUCUACAUACAGGAGAACAAGAGGCUAUCGGAAGAUUUCUGGGGACACUUGUAGUGGAGGAGACGUUGAAACACGGCUGGAAGGAGAACUGGUCCCGUGUCCCUUGGCAGAGGAGAAUGAGUUCAUCCUGUACGCCAUGCGGAAGUCCAUCCACCGCUAUGACCUGGCCUCAGGAGCCACAGAGCAGCUGCCUCUCACUGGCUUGCGGGCCGCAGUGGCCCUGGACUUUGACUAUGAGCAGAACUGCUUGUAUUGGUCUGACCUGGCCUUGGACAUCAUCCAGCGCCUCUGUCUGAAUGGGAGUACAGGGCAAGAGGUGAUCAUCAACUCCGGCCUGGAGACCGUAGAGGCCUUGGCUUUUGAACCCCUCAGCCAGUUAUUGUACUGGGUGGAUUCUGGCUUUAAAAAGAUUGAGGUAGCUAAUCCAGAUGGUGACUUCCGACUCACGAUUGUCAACUCCUCUGUGCUCGAUCGGCCCCGGGCCCUGGUCCUCCUGCCCCAAGACGGGGUGAUGUUCUGGACUGACUGGGGAGACCUGAAGCCAGGAAUUUAUCGGAGCAACAUGGACGGUUCUGCUGUGCAUCGUCUCGUGUCAGAGGACGUGAAGUGGCCCAACGGCAUCUCUGUGGAUGACCAGUGGAUCUACUGGACAGACGCCUACCUGGACUGCAUCGAGCGGAUCACCUUUGAUGGCCAGCAGCGCUCCGUCAUCCUGGACAACCUCCCCCACCCCUACGCCAUCGCCGUCUUUAAGAAUGAAAUCUACUGGGAUGAUUGGUCGCAGCUCAGCAUCUUCCGAGCUUCCAAAUACACCGGCUCUCAGAUGGCGAUUCUGGCGAGCCAGCUCACGGGGCUGAUGGACAUGAAGAUUUUCUAUAAGGGGAAGACGACUGGAAGCAACGCCUGUGUGUCCAGGCCGUGCAGCCUGCUCUGCCUGCCCAGGGCCAACAACGGUAAGAGCUGCCGGUGUCCGGAGGGCGUGUCCAGCACUGUCCUCCCGUCCGGGGACCUGAUGUGCGACUGCCCGCAGGGCUAUCAGCGGGAGAACAGCACCUGUGUCAAAGAAGAGAACACCUGUCUCCGUAACCAGUACCGCUGCAGCAAUGGGAACUGUAUCAACAGCAUUUGGUGGUGCGACUUUGACAACGACUGUGGCGACAUGAGCGACGAGAGAAACUGCCCUACUACCGUUUGUGAUCUGGAUACCCAGUUCCGUUGCCAGGAGUCCGGGACCUGCAUCCCCCUCUCCUACAAAUGUGACCUCGAGGAUGACUGUGGAGACAAUAGCGAUGAAAGUCAUUGUGAAAUGCACCAGUGCCGGAGUGACGAAUACAACUGCAGUUCGGGCAUGUGCAUCCGCUCCUCCUGGGUGUGUGACGGGGACAAUGACUGCAGAGACUGGUCUGAUGAAGCCAACUGCACCGCCAUCUACCACACCUGCGAAGCCUCCAACUUCCAGUGUCACAACGGGCACUGUAUCCCCCAGCGGUGGGCGUGUGAUGGCGACAUGGAUUGCCAGGACGGUUCUGAUGAGGAUCCCGUGAAGUGCGAGAAGAAGUGUAACGGCUUCCGCUGCCCGAACGGCACCUGCAUCCCCUCCAGCAAGCAUUGUGACGGUCUGCGGGACUGCUCGGACGGCUCCGACGAGCAGCACUGCGAGCCCCUGUGCACGCGCUUCAUGGACUUUGUCUGCAAGAACCGCCAGCAGUGCCUUUUCCACUCGAUGGUGUGUGACGGGAUCGUCCAGUGCCGCGACGGCUCAGACGAGGACGCGACGUUCGCAGGAUGCUCCCAAGACCCUGAGUUCCACAAGGUGUGCGAUGAGUUCAGUUUCCAGUGCCAAAAUGGAGUGUGCGUCAGCUUGAUUUGGAAAUGCGAUGGCAUGGACGAUUGCGGCGACUACUCUGACGAAGCCAACUGCGAAAACCCCACAGAAGCCCCAAACUGCUCCCGCUACUUCGAGUUCCAGUGUGAGAAUGGCCACUGCAUCCCCAACAGGUGGAAGUGUGACAGGGAGAACGACUGUGAGGACUGGUCUGAUGAGAAGGACUGUGGAGAUUCACACGUUCUUCCCUCCCCGACUCCCGGGCCCUCCACGUGUCUGCCCAAUUACUACCGCUGCAGCAGUGGGGCGUGCGUGAUGGACAGCUGGGUAUGUGAUGGGUACCGAGAUUGUGCAGAUGGCUCAGACGAGGAAGCCUGCCCCUCGCCUGCAAAUGUCACUGCUGCCUCUACUCCCACUCAGCGUGGGCGCUGUGACCGAUUUGAAUUCGAGUGCCGCCAGCCAAAGAAGUGUAUCCCCAACUGGAAGCGCUGUGAUGGCCACCAGGAUUGCCAGGACGGCCAGGAUGAGGCCAACUGCCCCACACACAGCACCUUGACGUGUAUGAGCAUGGAGUUCAAGUGUGAGGACGGCGAGGCCUGCAUCGUGCUCUCCGAGCGCUGUGACGGCUUCCUGGACUGCUCAGACGAGAGUGACGAGAGGGCCUGCAGCGAUGAACUAACUGUAUACAAAGUACAGAAUCUCCAGUGGACAGCUGACUUCUCUGGGAAUGUAACUUUGACCUGGAUACGGCCCAAGAAAAUGCCCUCCGCUUCUUGCGUCUACAACGUCUACUACAGGGUGGUUGGAGAGGGCAUAUGGAAGACUGUGGAGACCCACAGCAAUAAAACAAGCAUGAUAUUGAAAGUCUUGAAGCCAGAUACCACGUAUCAGGUUAAAGUCCAAGUGCAGUGCCUGAGCAAGGUGCACAACACCAACGACUUUGUGACUCUGAGGACGCCGGAAGGAUUGCCAGACGCCCCUCGCAAUCUCCAGCUGUCGCUCCACAGGGAAGAGGAAGGCGUGAUUGUGGCCCACUGGAUUCCUCCCGCCCACACGCAUGGCCUCAUUCGAGAGUACAUUGUGGAAUACAGCAGGAAUGCUUCCAGGAUGUGGGCGUCCCAGAGGGCUACCAGUAACUUCACGGAAAUAAAGAAUUUACUGGUUAACACUCCGUACACCGUCCGAGUGGCUGCGGUGACUAGCCGUGGAGUGGGAAACUGGAGCGAUUCUAAAUCCAUUACCACCGUCAAAGGCAAAGUGAUCCCACCACCAGAUAUCCGCAUUGACAGCUACAGUGAGAAUGCUCUAAGCUUCACCCUGACCAUGGAUAGUGACGUCAAGGUGAAUGGCUAUGUGGUGAACCUCUUCUGGGCAUUUGACACCCACAAACAAGAGAAGAUAACUUUGAACUUCCGGGGGAACAUCUUGUCGCACAAAGUUACCAAUCUGACCGCUCAUACAUCUUAUGAGAUUUCUGCCUGGGCCAAGACUGAUUUAGGGGAUAGCCCUCUGGCGUUCGAGCAUGUCAUGACCAAAGGAGUCCGCCCACCUGCUCCUAGCCUCAAAGCCAAGGCCGUCAAUCAGACUGCAGUGGAAUGCACCUGGACUGGCCCCAGGAAUGUGGUUUAUGGCAUUUUCUACGCUACAUCCUUCCUUGACCUGUAUCGCAGUCCGAAGAGCUUGACUACUUCACUCCACAACAAAACCGUCAUUGUCAGGAGGGAUGAGCAGUAUUUGUUUCUGGUCCGGGUGGUGGUGCCCUACCUAGGGCCGUCCUCCGACUACGUUGUGGUAAGGAUGAUCCCAGACAACAGGCUCCCACCUCGUCACCUGCAUGUGGUUCGCACCGGCAAAACCUCGGCUGUCAUCAAGUGGGAAUCCCCGUAUGAUUCUCCUGACCAGGACCUGUUGUAUGCAAUUGCGGUUAAAGAUCUAAUAAGGAAGAGCGAUAGAAGCUACAAAAUAAGAUCCCGCAACAGUACCGUGGAAUACACCCUUAACAAGUUGGAACCUGGAGGAAAGUACCACGUCAUUGUCCAACUGGGGAACAUGAGCAAAGAUUCCAGUAUAAAAAUCACCACAGUUUCAUUGUCCGCACCUGAUGCCUUAAAAAUCAUAACAGAAAACGACCACGUCCUUCUGUUUUGGAAGAGUCUAGCUUUGAAGGAAAAGCAUUUCAAUGAAAGCAGGGGCUAUGAGAUACACGUGUUGGAUGGAACCAUGAAUAUCUCAGCUUACCUUGGGAAUACUACUGACACUUUCUUUAAAAUUUCCAACCUGAAAUUGGGUCAUAAUUACACUUUCACUGUGCAAGCAAGAUGCCUUUUUGGCAGCCAGAUCUGUGGGGAGCCUGCUGUCCUGCUGUAUGACGAACUGGGGUCUGGUGCGGGUGCGUCCGCGGCCCGGGCGGCCAGGUCUACGGAUGUGGCCGCCGUGGUGGUACCCAUCCUGUUCCUGAUACUGCUGAGCCUGGCGGUGGGGUUUGCCGUCCUGUACACGAAGCAUCGGAGGCUGCGGAGCAGCUUUACCGCUUUCGCCAACAGCCACUACAGCUCCAGGCUGGGCUCGGCCAUCUUCUCCUCCGGGGACGACCUGGGGGAAGAUGACGAAGAUGCUCCUAUGAUAACUGGAUUUUCAGACGACGUCCCCAUGGUGAUAGCCUGAAAGAGCUUUUCCUCACUAGAAACCAAAUGGUGUAAAUAUUUUAUUUGAUAAAGAUAGUUGAUGGUUUAUUUUAAAAAGAUGCACUUUGAGUUGCAAUAUGUUAUUUUUAUAUGGGCCAAAAACAAAAGACAAAAACAAAAAAAAAACAAACAAAAAAAAGGCAAGAAAGGAAUGAGUACACUUUGUAGUCAUCAACUGUGAACUUCCAACCAGGUUGAUUUUAGUAACCAAAUUGCUUUAAUUUCAUAUUAAUGUAGUCUUACAGGGCUGUGCUUGCUGGGCAUGCUUUUAAGUCUGUGAGAUCAUUUUGAUUCAAUAAACUGGCCGUUCUUUUUAUUUUUCUAAGACACAGAAAUGUAUUUAAUAGAAACACUUCAAGAGAGGGUGACGGGUGGGAUCCCUCCCUCCUCCUUGAAGGUGUGCUCAAACUUUAAAUUUCGUUCAGACUCAGUUUACAUGAAAGUGUGUGUGUUAUAGGGGAAGGUUCUUUCCUGUUACUUUGUUAAUUUAUUGGGACUCUGUAUAAGGCAAGGCUUUAGCGGUCAUCUGACACCAACACUGCCCGUUAGGAACCCCUCGCCUUGUAGGGUCGGAAGCAAUCCAUUUUUAGUCACUCGUGUGUCACCUGAUGGUAUUUGGCAGGAGAGCGCAUUGAGUCAUUGCUCCGUUUCAGUCAGUCAAACAGACAGCAGUUUCUUCUCUUACGCUAACUGAGGGAAUCUUACUAUAGCGCCUUUCACAGCUAUAAAACGAUAACCCUGCUUUACUACACCCGGUGUCAUGGCCCUUGCAAAAAAAAAAAAAAAAAAAAAAAAUCACCCAGGUCGUGGGAGAAUCCUAGGUCUGUGCCAUGAUAGAUACACUGGCAGAUAUAGUACUGCUUUGUCCUUUUUGGCUUUUUUGUUUUUACUCACCACUGAAGAAUCUCGAAUGUAAAAUUUUGUAUUUGUGUUGAGGUGGCCACUUACUGUCUUUAAAAAUCUACACUGAUAUAUGCAGUCAUUUUGAAUUGGGUCAGUGCCUUCUCUCUCUCUCUCUCUCUCUCUCUCUCUCUCUCUCUCUUUUUGUUUCCUUCCACCUGCUUCCCCCAUACCCCUGCCCAGUUUAAAGGGUCCUGUUCGCUCUUAACAGAGAUACAGGAGAUCGACAAAUCCGAGACCGUUCUAUCCAGUUUGCAGCUGGAACAAGACUAGAGUUUAUUCUUUCUGUAGAAUAAGCUGAGCUUUUUUUCUUCUUCUUCUUCUUCUUCUGCCUUUAAAUGCCACCCUGGUAUUCAGUUCAUGGCCACUUGAUAGGUACGUGGAAUCCAUUGUGGACUGAUGCCCGCCCUUUAGACCUAGCGUCGUAGGCACCAAUGUCCGGCGUUGUUGUGACUCCUACUGUACGGACCUCGCUGCAGAACCUCUCAGCCGAGAAGCAGUGAGCUCUGGGGAUAGUCCAAAGUCAUGUUUCUGAAUGUGUGUCCUUUACGUGCGAGCUUUCUAAAAACCCCAUCUCCUCUGAGAUGCUUUACAUCACCUUCUCACAAGUAUUUGCUUUCUUUUAACCAAAAGUAUCAUUCUUGGGUGAUAAUAUAGUUUCGCUCUAGCUAGUGAUUGUCUGGAAAACAAAGAGCCAAUUCCAUUUUUUUCGUUCUAAAAGUUUUAAUUUAUAUAUGUAUAUAUUUUCAGGGAGGAGUGUCUUAAACUGUAGACAUGUAGCAUGUUGUGUGGGUAAGGCUCCCUUUUAUUUUAACACGUGGUGGUCAUGACGAGCCUCCUUCCACGUUUUCUCCCUUCUUUCUCUCUCCUUUGUUACUUUUUCAAAGAAUGGAAGUUCUUUGGUUUUAUCUCGUGUUGUCUUGGGGUUUUGUUCGGAACUCCAAGGCCUACCCCCCACCCCCACCCCUUUAGUGAAGCUCUUUUAGUAGCUAAAAGAUAAACAGUCUGGUGGGAGGCAAGUCGUUUAAUUGAACCCCUAGAAAGUAUGUUUUCUUCUUCUCUUUUUCGGCCAACUUUUUGGUGGCAUUUUUGAAAGCUGAUAUAAAAGGCUCUGAGACUUUAUUUUCAGUUAUUCUGUAGGCAGGCCUUUGUUUACAGGGCCCGUGUCUCCAGUUGGCAACUUGAGACAUACCUGAGCUUCCAGUUCUCGUCUCCAGCGCCUCCCAGUGCUUAGUGCACAGUACUGUAUAGACUGGCCAUCACCCCUCUCCUCGGAAAACGCCACUGUGCUGUUUGAGAAAAAGCAGCCUUUUAGGGCUAGAGUAUUUUAUAUACACAGAAGAGCUAAGUUUCUGAAGACUAAGCUAGGUAGAUACAGCUAUGUGCAAAUUGUAUAUUUUUAUGAACUUUUGAAGCGCCCACUCUUCCUUCCCUCCGCGUGGCUUUGUGGGGUUGUGGUGUAUAUACACGCCGUCUGCAGGAGUCCAGAGGUUGGAGUGACCAUAGGAAAUGAGAACGCAAACUAUGUGCAGCCUUUGAACGUGACCAGAUCAUUGUCUUCACUGUGACCAGUUGGAGCCCCUGGUUGUUUGUGAAGAAGGGGCUUUGUACCUCGUUGGAGAUGCCACCUCAAAAGUUCACACCGUACAGGAAAAGAGUUCUCUUCUCUCCCAGCACGCACGUUAGAAUGUCAGCAGCCCGCCCGCACGUGGACCGCGACGGACCACGAACGGACCGCUAAAAUUUGGCAGGCAGGGGCACUGUGUACAGAGUUUUCUCUGGAAGCUGACUUUGCCCCCAUGUGUAUCGAAUGCCCCUUGAGCCUGAGGAGACACGGGUCCAUGCGGAUGACAUGACAAAGAGUAGAAUUCUGCAGAGGAGUCUGGGGAGAAGCCACGUCUAUGCAGGCAUUUCCAGACAGGUGAGAAGUUCCAGUAACUCCUGGCUGCCCCGGCAUACUGGGUACAUGGUUAUGAUGGUGGGAAACUGUGGAAACUUGGGACUUUGGGGACAGAGGUUCCUGGGGUUCCAUCUCUGCCAGUAUCUCUAGGGAUAUUUGGGUGGAACAGGUGUGGGACGCAGAGCUACAUGCUCUCUCCUGCCCAUCAUCCUGGCCUACUAGAUUAAGCUACACUUCAGCCUGUUAAGGACCGUAACCCUUCUCAGAUAGCGGCCAUUCUGGGGGAACUGGGGAGGGUGAUGGUGUGGUGAGGCUCUUGUAGAUAACCACCCACCUCCCCUGGGAGAAUCUUACCUCCAAACAUCCACCCGGCGGUCACUCCAUCUUGUAAGAUGAUAGUCCCGGUACUUCCUUAAGGGCAGAAACCUCAUCUUGGUAGGUUUGGGUGGUCACUUUCCUACUAAGGGGAUCAUGGUGAAUCUCCGAGAAGAUUUUUCUCUUCCUUCGGCAGAGUUGGGAGACCCCUCCCUCAAGGGGUCCGGGAGAUAAAUCAACCGAAUAGCAUCUCCAUAUUGAUUUUCCGAAUUGACCCUCAGCCCCUGUGCAGAAUCUUCACUUUGUUGAGAUUGUACUCUUGACAUUCCUAGCAUGUUAUUUUUCUUAACUGGAGCGUGUGCUGCCUUUCAGGUACAAUUUUUGUGUAAUAAAAGCCAGUGCAUUAAGUUCAUAUAGACUACUUUCUAUGCAAGACUGAGAUAUGGAAUAGAUAGCAAGAGGUAUGCUUAGUUGGGUACAUGGACAAUGAGCACGUUCUCGGAAUGGGAACCACCACUGAACGUGGGUUGAGGGAGGAUAGGUUGUGCGUAUGUUUCUGCCCACCGAUUUUGAGCAGCCGUGUCGGGAAUUAAAUCCUCAGAGCCAAGUAACCCAAGAAUGGUAUUUGCUUCACGUACAAUAACGCAAAUGGAAUAAGUAUGAAUGCUGAGGGAACAUUAUUCUCAGAUAUUCCAUGUCAUUUCUCAUCUAAAGACUCUUGUUACAAAUUAUUAGAAACUUUAGGCAAAAUUGAAAGCAUUGGAAGCAAAAUAAAGGCCUACUCUGCUCUCAUUUAAAGUGAAACACCGUAUACUUGUUUCUCUCCAAGGUGACAUGAGGCAUUUAUGAUUUCGAUUGCCUUGACGCGUUUCCAAAUCACCAAUUUAUGCUGAAGAUUUUACUAUAUUGUUGCACAGUUUUACGAUAAUUUUUGUCUCAAUGUCAACUUUUUUCACUGAAUAAAAAUUUAACUGGGUGAAGGAGACACCUAUAUGAGAACCCA